GGUUAGCCUGCCGACUAAAUCCAAUGGGGCGAAAAAAUAGCGCGAGCGGGAAAAUUUCGGUACUUCGCCAACUUCGCAAUAGUGCUCCCUGUAACCACUGUUCGUGUGUUUCUCGCUUUGUGUGCGCGUUUUCGACGUAUUUUCGUGCAUUCGCGAUGAAGAGGGCAAACCCUUUCGCGGACGACGUCCCCAUUCAGAGCAAAAUUUUCGCCUCCGAAAGAGAAGUGGAGAAGAAUUGUGAAAAGCGCAUGUCGGCCGUCUACUCUAGAACGUUGAGGAUGCUGUACUCUGCGUCCCAUCAGCGUCACGAAAAUGCAAAGCCUGAAAGGGGACAGGCCAAUGAAGCUGCCACAAUGGACACACAACCUCAGCAGUGCGGUGCAUGCCAUCGAAACUGUACAACCAAGACGAGCUGCACCUUCUGUGAUAGACCAUCUUGCGACUCUUGCACUCGAAUGUGUGCAUCCUGCGAGAAACCUUAUUGCACCCUAUGUUCUGUGCUAAGGUAUACUCAACAAGGUGAAUACGCAACAUGUCUAUCGUGUGGAAACUAGCCUUCCAAGAAAUUGUGGAGUCUGUAAAUAGUGUAAAUAUCCACUAUGUUUGGACUGCUACUUAUGAAAUUAGAUCGUGGUGCCAAGCUGUUCGAUAUGUCGCUGCAAAUCUCGGUGCCUCCGACCUUCUCUAGUGCUUCUGGCUUGUGGGCGUGUCACAUGUCGCACCAAACUCACUUGCUGGAAACACCACAGCUUUUAUUACGUUAAGCGUUUUACACUCGGUGGGCGACUGUUGUGCGUAAAUUGUUUGUGUUCUGACAUACUUGCUUGCUCUUGAAUUAAAUUAUUUUUGCUAUGUA